UGACGUUGACGUGAAUUCUGAAAUACACGUCAAAUAGGGAAAUCCAAAAAUUUUAUUGUUAUUUGAUUAUUUAUAUUUAUUGAAGGAUUAAAUAAGAAUCAUUGUAUAAUGAAUUGAUAACUUGUCAAAUAAUUGAGAUUAGUCAAAUUGAAGAUUUUCAUGCAAAAUGGGUAUGUUAUUCAGCUAUUUUCGAAGCCUCAUCGGUGCAAGGGAGAUGAGGAUAUUGAUAUUAGGUUUGGAUGGUGCCGGUAAAACAACAAUUUUAUAUAGACUUCAGGUUGGAGAAGUGGUUACCACAAUACCUACAAUAGGUUUUAAUGUUGAACAAGUUACUUAUAAGAAUUUAAAAUUCCAAGUAUGGGAUUUGGGGGGACAAACAAGCAUAAGACCAUAUUGGAGGUGCUAUUAUAGCAAUACAGAUGCUAUAAUCUAUGUCGUAGAUUCUGCAGAUAAGGAAAGAAUGGGCAUCUCCAAAGAUGAACUUUUUCAUAUGCUUAGAGAAGAAGAACUUGCUGAUGCUAUCCUUGUAGUCUUAGCUAAUAAGCAAGAUAUUCCUGGCUGUAUGUCACUGAAAGAAGUUCAUCAGGCAUUAGGCUUGGAAGCAUUGAAGAAUAGAACUUUUCAAAUAUUCAAAACCUCAGCUACAAAAGGUGAAGGUUUGGAUAUGGCCAUGGAAUGGUUAAGCAACACUUUAAAAACUAGGAAAUAACACUCAUAAUUAUUCUAGUCUUGUUUUGAAAAUUUCCUGUAUUAAUUUGUUGAAAGGCCUUAAUGGAUGUAAACGUGGAUUCAUCAAUAUUUCUGUAUUGAAUUAAGUUAUUUAAUAUAUUUGUUUUGUUAGUACUUUUUACUUUGUCAUUCCAUUGCAUUAGAAUAUCUGUGAAAAAUGGAUAAAACAUAUAUCUAUACAUCAAGAUUUUGUACUAUAAAUAAAACCAACUCUGUGUACAAAGUU